GUUCGCGCGUAUCUGUGGCGCUGCCUGCAGGCCCCCCGCUGAGGAGCUCAAACACACCAGCUGAGGGGGCGGCGGCGGCGGAGGCGAUGGUGUUGUGGAAGGGAGGGCGGCUGGUUGAAGAAAAACACGAGGCUUGCGAGUGACAUUGAGACCAAGGUUAAACACGAACCAGCAGCUCUGCAAUAGGCUGCCUUGGGAACAGUAGAAGAAGAAAAGCGUCAGAAAAUGCUGCAGCCUCGCCCGUCGCUUCUGGAGCCGCGGCAGAUGAAACCCGUUCGUUUGUGUUGAAGUUUCAUCGACGGGUGUCCAUGCUGGAUUCCGGGGCAGGAACAGCACUUCCUGUGCUGCGGCGACACUCUUGGGAAAAGUUCACAGUCCCUCUGCGUCCCUGCAUCAUGGACAGGACGACUGCGGCGCCGACCCGCAGGGUUUCCUCUCUGCCACAGUUCAACAUCUCGACCUCCACGUUGGCCUUCGACCAGCAUUUCACCACAAACGCCAAAGGGAUACUUCUUCUGGCGGAGAUACUGACUGGCAUGUUGGUCUGGAUCCUGAUUGGCGGCACCGAUUACUUCCGCCUGUCAACUCUUUGCUGGGUGAUGUUUGUGUCCAUCCUGCUUUGGAUUCUGACCAUUUGCCUGUUCAUAAUUUAUCUCACCGGAGUCCACAGCAGGAUACCGCAGAUCCCCUGGACGACGCUGUCGCUGUGUUUCAACUGCGCUGCUGCUGCUCUGUAUCUGGUGACAGCCGUGGUCGAGGCUGUCUGUGUGGGCCAGGCCACCAGAGGGCGACACAACUACAACUGUUGGGCAGCAUCAGCAUUCUUUGCAUUUCUGGCCACACUGUGCUACGCAGGAAGUGGCUACCUGAGCUACCGUUUGUGGAAAACCACAGAGGAAGAACAGUAAGGCCUCUUCAACAGACGCUCAGAGAGGAGGAGUGGACAGCUUCUUCAUCAACCGACGCCGCUGACGCCAGAGUUGAGGAAGUUCGCCGAUAGACUAAAACGAUAUAAAGAGUAAAAACAACAAGAUUUAUGGAGGAAAACUGGAUUUUCAGUAUGUUUGCAUAAUUUUCAGAUUAGUUACUUUUCCUGCAAUGUCUAUGCUUAUUUCAUCCAGUAGAUUUGAAUACAAUUACAACGAAUCGGGCAGAUGUGAACAAUGACUCUUUUCACUUCCUCGCUGAAUAAUAAUAAUACAAAAAAAACAAUUACACCUUGACAUAUUUUUAGUCAUUUAUGCAGCAUACUAAAAUACAUUAUUCAUCAGCAUCACUCAUAAUCUUGUAGCUAUUUCAUAAAGUUUCCAUUUCUGCCUUGUGUUGCAGCAGCCUGAGCUCUGCGCUGUGAAUGAAACCCACAGUUUUGUGAGUUUUUUUUUUAUUACUGUUUGGUUGAUCUAUCAGAUACAGUUCCAAUAAAAAUAUAUCCAAGUUUGUGAUUGUAGUAUGAAGGGAUUGUUAAAAUUGUUGAACGGGGUGUGUAUACUUUUGCUAGGUAAAUUUAAACAGGCUGCCACGUUGCUGGUCCAGACCACAGAGUGUAAGCAGGACAGAAAAAACACGCUAAAACCCUUCAAGCAGAAGUCAUACAAGUACUCCAAAGAAAUAUUAUUAAACACCUGUCAUAAAUCCAAUUAAAGUCACAAGUUCACCUUC